AUGGACACCACACAGCAGGACACCAAACAGGACCCGGAAAAGAUCCAUACCAUUCCUAGCCGUGACAGCGAGGAAAUCGUCAAGGACCCCGCGGAGCAACAAGAAGUCUUCAAGAUCACCGAGGAUGGCGUCGACUUUCGAACCGUCACCUGGCCACGCGCAGCCAUUCUCUUCCUGAAGAUCCUCUUCGCCACCGGCGUCCUGAGCAUCCCGGCAGCCAUGUACGAGAUCGGCGCCGUCGGUGGUGCUCUGGUCCUGCUCGGUUUCGGCAUGCUGAACUGCUACGUCGGCAAGAUCCAGGGCGAUUUCAGAAACAAGCACCCGAGUUGCCACUCCGUCGCCGACAUGGUGGGAGUCAUGGCCGGCCCUAUCGUGAAGGAGCUCAUCGGCGGGCUCUACAUCAUCGCAUGGGUCCUGUGUGCCGGCGCCGGCAUCAACGGCACGAGCGUCGCGUUCAACGCCCUCUCCGACCACGGUGCCUGCACCGUCUGGUUCUCCUUCGUUUCCAUGAUCAUCGUCGCCAUGUCGGCCUCGAUCCGCACCUUUCAAAAUCUGGGCUGGGUCGGCUGGGCGGGCUUCAUUUCCAUCUAUGUAGCCGUCUUCAUCCUGGUCGUUGCCGUCACCCAGGUCGACCGUCCAGCUGCAGCCCCCAAAACUGGGGUGUACGACCUCGGAUACCACGCCAUCAGCUCCACUUCGUUUCACGGCGGCAUGGUCGCCACGACCACCAUCUUCGUCUCCUCGGCCGGCACGUCAGCCUUCAUCCCCGUCAUCGCGGAGAUGCGCCGCCCGCAAGACUUCAACAAGGCCCUCUACGUGUGCAUGGCCUUUGUGUCUGCAUCUUACAUCACGUUCGCCUCGGUCAUCUAUGCCUGGUGCGGCCACUGGAUCACGGCACCGGCGCUGGGCUCCGCGGGCCCGACGAUCAAGAAAGUCUGCUACGGCAUCGGCCUCAUCGGGCUGAUCGUGUCGGGCGCCUUCUACAACCACGUGGCGGCGAAAUACCUGUUUGUGCGUCUCCUGCGCCGAUCCAAGCACCUGCAGUCCAACUCGCUCGUGCACUGGGGCACCUGGCUGGGCUGCACGUUCGGGCUCGCGGCCAUCGCCUUCAUCCUGGCCCAGGCCAUCCCCGUGUUCAACUACCUCGUCGCCAUCACGGGGAGCUUCUGCUUCGCGCCCCUCGCGCUCAUGGUCCCCGCCUGGAUCUGGAUGUACGACCACCCACACUACCGCAGCGGCUCCGUCGUGCAAAAGGCCAUUUACGCCGCCCACAUCCUGCUGAUGCUGCUGGGCGCCUUCAUCUGUGUCGGCGGCACCUACGGCAGCAUACAGAGUAUCCUCGACGCGUAUAGGAACGGUACCGUCGGCGGUGCAUUCUCGUGCCGGGAUAAUUCGGGGACUGUGCUGGGCGGUGGGCACUAA